AAAGCGGACAAGACUGGGAGUUAAAUGCAACUGUGUCCACAUUAGUAUGCGCAUAAACCCUCUACCGACGUCACCUGACCUUCACAGUGACCUUGUGAACAGUACCGUUGUAAAGCAAUAUCAAUAGCAUGACGUCACACAAGAACGCGACGUAGUUCAGGUCAUAGCGGCUCAAACUACCUACUGUGUUCGAUAUAAACAUUCAAAAUUGUGUUCAGAAGAUUGGAUAUGUUUGAUUUCAAGACACAACGCCAGGUGUCGGUGUUUUGUUGCAGAUGGAAGGGAGCGUUUAUAUUCUGAAACGUUCAUAUGUCGAAAUGUUAUGAAUGACGAUGACCAAUGUUGUUGAACAUAGAUCAUACAUAUACGUGGCACGAUAGAGGCGCAGCGUUCAUUGUGCACCAACAUGGUGCAAGAAAGUCCCGCCAUGGUGAGAUAUUGUAACAGAACGGAACCUGUUUUUAAGUUGGUUCCAGAAACAAUCAAAAAUCAAAUAUGGCCACCAAAUACACGUCUCUUCUCCAAGAUGACAAUGGUGAUGCUGUUACUGUCACCGUUACUUGCGAUGCCGACGGUGGCGGAGACGCAGUACAAGGUAUAUUUCAACAUAUCCUACAGACGGGAGACAACGAAUGACACUCUGUCGUAUGAAAGCAGCAAGGGAAGAUUUGCAGCCGGAGUCAAGUUGACCAGGUUGGAACCUGUGAUAGGUAGAGUCGUCCACGUUAAAACUGUUACAGGCAAAACACAUGGCUGUGACGAUUAUAGUAUGACAGUUCCUCCGGUUAGUUGGAUAGCUUUGAUUACCCAUGGGGAGUGCCCCAUGUUAGAGAAGAUGGCCAAAGCUGUGAAAUAUAAUGCCUCCGCUGUCGUUGUCUAUGGCAAUGGAUCUACGGGGAAGGUGACGUAUGCUGUGAAACAUGACGCUGAAGGGGUGGCAGCUAUAUCUGUUCCUGACAGCGACGGUGCUUACAUCGCGGACCUGGUGGACAGGGGGAUCACCGUCAUGAUGUACAUCGCUGUGAACCAAACACAAACAAACGAUGACUCCAACCAUUAUACUGUCAGUUAUAACAAUUAUCACAUCAACAAGACACACGUGUCCAUUUCCUUCGCUGUGAUCAUCGUCCUGGCUAUUAUAGGUGCCGUGUGUGUGUUCAAGAAGAAGGUUCACCAUCCACCACAAGUAUACUUUGAGAGGACUGCCGAUUGGGAGGCGAUACCUCAGCGAGAACGCCAGCGAAUUAUGAAUUAGAAGUACAAAAUGUGCAUCUUUAUCAGUGACCUCUAUGUUUUUUUCUUAUCAGAAAUGUAUUUAAUAUGGUUUGUUUGAUGUUACAUUAAACACUACUCCAUUGAUUUGAGUGUGAGUGAGUGAGUGAGUUGGGUUUAACGCCGCUUUUAACAGGUAUUCCAGUCAUAUCGCGGCGUGUCAGCAGUGAUGCAGGUUUCAGACGUUUACCACUUCGGUGAAACCCACGAGCACGGGCAUGGUGCUGACAAACCUAGAAACAUAAUCGGGGCGAACCGGGAUUCGAACCCACAAUCAUAGGUUUCUGGCGUGCCCAAGGGACGCAACUCUGCACAGCGAAUCGCGGCGCCUUAGAUGACUGGGCCACCCAUGACCCCUCAUUGAUUUGAGGGUGCCACCAGUCGUGACGUUAUGCUUUGUAUAAAAUGUCCGAACAGCGACAUGUUUCGCCUUACCUAGAGUCUUACGAAUGUGUUACGAGCUGCAAUGAAGCUUUGUACAGACUGAUUGCAAUUUUAAGUUGGUUGUCAUGUUCAUAACCUUUUUUUAACCGGGUUGUUGGAAUAAAAAGCCUUUAUAUUUAUGAACUGACCUUUAAAUUAGUUCGACAUUUUACCAUGGCGCUCCAGACUUAUUUAUAUGGUGAUCAGUAACCCUGUCAUCAGGCGUCAAGUCUACUUGACACAGAUAAGGGGAUUAGUUGGUCACAAUGGUCACCAGGCGUGGGUAGUUCUUUGAUGGAUGACAUAUAGUAGGUCAAUUCUUACUUGUGACUGAUAUUAUGAUAUAAACCUUUUGUCUGACUAUGAUAAUCUGGUCUCUGGAAUAAAUAUAAGAGCACAACAGUC